UGAACUUGUUGGUAUUCGUUCUCCCCCCUUUUCAUUCGCAAACACACAAAUUGAAAAUCGCAGUAGGAUCUCGAAGUUUCUCUUUGACGAUGCUGACGGCCGAUAUACCACCGAACCAGACAAUUUACGUUAAGAAUCUCAACGAGAAGGUCAAGAAAGAAGAGUUGAAAAGGUCUCUGUAUGCCUUAUUCUCUCAAUAUGGGAGGAUUUUGGAUGUUGUUGCUUUGAAGACAACAAAACUUCGUGGGCAGGCAUGGGUUGUUUUCAGUGAAGUCACUGCUGCCAGCAAUGCAGUUCGCCAGAUGCAAAACUUCCCGUUUUAUGAAAAGCCUAUGAGGAUCCAAUAUGCAAAAGGCAAAUCAGAUUGUAUUGCAAAAGCAGAUAAUACAUUUGUUCCAAAAGAUAAGAGAAGGAAGCAAGAGGAAAAAACUGAGAAGAAGAGAGAUACUCCACAAGCUACUACUAAUGGUGCAAGAAGCGACACCAAUGGUGCCCCUGCUGCUUCGUAUCGAAAUGGGAGAUCAAACACAGAAGAAACGACACCACCUAACAAUAUUCUGUUUGUACAAAAUCUGACACAUGAUACAACAGAGGACAUGCUGCAGCUUCUGUUCAAACAGUUCCCUGGUUUUAAAGAGGUGAGAAUGAUUGAUGCAAAACCAGGAAUUGCAUUUGUUGAGUUUGAUGAUGAUAAUCAAUCUUCAACUGCAAUGCAAUCCCUGCAAGGUUUCAAGAUCACCCCUCAAAACUCAAUGGCUAUCAGUUAUGCCAAGAAGUAAUCAGUCAACCAAACCAACCACCCUUUUUGGGUUUUGUAUUCUAUGAAUGAUUUGUAAGGAAUUUUGGCAGAUUUUUUUUUAACUCUUUGAUGUGAGGAAAUUAUGGAAACUAUUCUAAGAUCAAUUGUGACCUCUUCUCUCAACAAACUUGAUUUGGGAUUAUGCAGGAUAUAGUUAU